CGGGCCCGUGCCCUGGCGCCCGGUGCCGCUCUUGUCGCGCUUUCCUGGCUUGCGCGACGGUCCCGGUUUCGUUCCUCGCGUCCGGUCGGGACCCCGGGCUGGUCCGGUGCCUACUCGGGGCCUCGGGUGGCCCCGGGACCCAAGUACGUGCCCGCGAGAGGAAAGUCGAAUCUCCCCGUCGGUGACUGGACGCCGCGGCCGCCGCCCCUGCGGCCCCUCCGGUCCCUCCCGUCGCGGGGGGCGCCCCCAGGCGCGGGCCCCGGCGCCCCUGAGCCGGAAGCGGAAGCGCCUGCCGGCGGGAUCAUGGCGACAUUCGCCGAGCUGCCGGACUCGGUCCUGUUGGAGAUCUUCGCCUACCUCCCGGUCCGGGACCGGAUCCGCAUCUCCAGGGUCUGUCACCGCUGGAAGAGGCUGGUGGACGACCGGUGGCUGUGGCGACACGUCGACCUGACUCUCUACACGAUGCGGCCGAAGGUCAUGUGGCACCUCCUCCGCCGCUACAUGGCAUCCCGGCUCUACUCCCUGCGGAUGGGUGGCUACCUCUUCUCGGGCUCCAAGGCCCCACAGCUGUCCCCUGCCCUGAUGAGGGCCCUGGGUCAGAAGUGCCCCAACCUGCAGCGUCUCUGCCUGCACGUGGCCGACCUGACGAUGGUGCCCAUCACCAGCCUGCCCAGUACCCUGAGGACCCUGGAGCUGCACAGCUGCGAGAUCUCCAUGCUCUGGCUCCUCAAGGAGCAGGACCCCACCGUGCUGCCCCUGCUCGAGUGCAUCGUGCUGGACCGCGUCCCCGCCUUCCACGACGAACACCUGCAGGGCCUGACACGCUUCCGUGCCCUGCGCUCACUGGUGCUGGGCGGCACCUACCGCGUGACCGAGACGGGGCUGGACGCGGGCCUUCAGGAGCUGAGCUACCUGCAGAGGCUUGAGGUGCUGGGCUGCACCCUCUCGGCCGACGGCACCCUGCUGGCCAUCAGCCGCCACCUCCGAGACGUGCGCAAGAUCCGGCUGACCGUGAGGGGCCUCUCCGCCCCUGGCCUGGCGGUCCUGGAGGGCAUGCCGGCCCUGGAGAGUCUGUGCCUGCUGGGCCCGCUCAUCACCCCAGAAAUGCCCUCCCCAAAGGAGAUCCUCUCGUCUUGCCUCGCCAUGCCCAAGCUCAGGGUGCUGGAGCUGCAGGGGCUGGGGUGGGAGGGCCAGGAGGCCGAGAGGAUCCUGUGCAAGGGGCUGCCCCACUGUAUGGUCAUCGUCAGGGCCUGCCCCAAAGAGUCCAUGGACUGGUGGAUGUGACCAAGGUCCCAGGGUGACCUGGAGGUCCUGUCCGUCCCAGCUUGGUGACCCUGGGCCCUCCUAAGUAGCAUCUUGAAGAGGGUGGGUAAUUGGGCUGAGGCCUGGGGGGGGCACUGAUGGGUCCACGGCACAGUAGAGAGAACCGAGGCCUCUGGACAGCUGGAAUCCUGGCUUCAUUGUGUGCCAGCUGUGUGGCCUUGGUCACAUCAGCCAGUCUCCCUGUGGCCCAGUUCCCACAUCUGGAAAUGGGGAAGAACAUAGCUACCUCAUGGUUGCGUUGCAAAGCCUUACUCCUUGACGGCCCCUGGCCCUGAGAACCUCCUCAAGGAAGGCGCGUUCUCCGGGGUGCCCCAGGAACAGGAUGGAUGCAGAAGGGUGGGGUUAAGGGUGAGGGGGGCCUGAAGGGCCAGGCCCCCCGGGGAGGCCCAGGAGGACCAUCCGUGCCUCCACACCCACACCCCCACACCCCAUUUGUGCACCUGCAUGCAUGUGAGAGACACAGAGAGAAAAGGGCGAAGGCAGCUUGCGGUUUGAUUAUCAAAAUGUUAAUAAUGGUUCUCGGUUGUAUUUUCUGGAUUUUGUAUUCUGGAUUUUCCAUGUUUUCCACAGCAUAUAUUAUUUUGCUAUUAAAGAAAAAUAACUUUUUUCCAA